AUGGAUGGUAACCUGCUCCUGCACACCAGCCACAGGGCAGCCAGCUUGUGUUGCGCUGCUGCGCAGAUUUACACGUGGCUUGAUGCCAUGCGUCUUCCCAUAUCGACGUCCGGCAAUCUCAUGUCGCUCAACCUCGGGACCAUUUCCCCCUUGAAGCGGGCAUGGUACAAGUGGAAAGCCAUCAAGUUUCCAUGGCGUAAUAAGCUUCUUGUCGGCCUCGACCUAGCCGGCAAUGCCUACUAUCAGUUCCGCCCCACUCGCUCCACCAUCCGCUGGCGCCGAAUAGUUCAGUACCCAGGCGGUCGCAGCACACACUUCAGUGACGUCGCCGUUCCCCCCUCCUGGCACCAAUGGCUUCGAUAUACGCGGGAGGACCCACCAACGAUAGAGGAGCAGGAGGCCGAAGUGGCUCGGCAGCAGAGGAUCAAAGUGCUGGCCAAGAUGGCGGACGAGAAAUGGGAGGCCAAGGCCAAGUACAUUCCGGAUUCGCCAGGAGAACCUUCAACCAGGACCAUUGGAAAGCCAGGCGAGGAAUAUGGGCAGCCGCUUCCGCCUCUGGUGGGAGAGGGUAUGAAGAAGAGCAGCCCCUACACAGAGGGGACAAGUGGAGGGGUUGUGAGCGGUGUUGAGACCAGCGGUGUCAGCAACCAGGCCGUUUUUGGGAGCGAAGAGGCGAAGCAGGCUGCAAAGGAAGAGCAGGAGAAGCCCAGGGCGACGGUCACGCAGACGGCCACGACGACUACUCCUACCAACACAAGCUCCGCCACAGCACAUGCGACGCCAGCAGACCAAACGAGCGGAGCAAGGGAACAUACCUGGGAUCAGAUGAUGAAGCAGCAGAAGCAGCACAAGAAAAAGGGUAUCGAUCCAUGGAAGCAGGCUCAGGCCAGUAAUCCCAGUGGGGAGUGGCAGCCCAAGGCGUGGGAUCCGACGGCGAGUUUGGGCAACAAGAAGGGGUGAUUUAGAUGCUUUCUUUGUCACUUGAGAAGUCAUGCAUUGGAACAAAAGGCGAAAGGGGCUCUGGAUGUUCCAGUCAUCCAGCCCUUCUAUGAGUCUAUGAGUUAUGGCGCAUGAU